GUUAAGGACUCUUGUAUAUGAGGUUCUCCGCCCUUGUUAGUGCAGCAUUGAGAGGACCUGAGUGAAGGCAUGCAAGCUCUGAAUUCUCUCUCAUGGCUCCAAAAUACGCUCCAAGUCUUCGAGCCCAGCUUCCACCUGUGGCUCUUCUUCUGCAAAUCGCUUUUAUUGUCAUCUUUGCUUUUUGUGUAGAAAUAAAGGACUAUGAGAAGGAAAAGAAAGAAAUAUUCAUGUAUUCAUAUGCAAAGUUCCAGGAUAUCCAUGUGAUGGUAUUUCUUGGUUUUGGCUUCUUGGGUACGUUCCUGGUGCGCUAUGGUUUCAGCAGCUCGGCGUUCAGCCUGCUGGUUGCUGCCAUGGCCGUGCAAUGGGCCACCAUCCUCAAUGGCUUUCUGCUGUCUUACAGUUUCAACUGGAAUAUCCAAAUCAAUUUAAAAAAUUUGGUAGACGCUGAGCUGUGCGCAGCUUCGGCUCUCGUGGCUAUGGGCGCCAUCCAUGGAAAAACCAACCCCGCCCAACUUCUAAUAUUCACUCUGAUCGAGGUCACAGGGUUUGUGCUCAACCAGUGGCUCAUAAAAACAAUAUACAAGAUACAGACACAUUGGGUGUACAACCUCGCGCUCAUCAACAUCUUCGGUGCUCUGUUUGGCAUGAUGACAUCGUUCCUGCUUUUCAGGAGCAAGAUGCAGCCAAAGCACGAGAAAGAGAAGGUCAACAAGACAACGGGCCUCUUUGCCAUGUUUGGGACUUUGUUCCUGUGGAUGUUCUGGCCCAGUUUUAACUCGGUGCUGGAGCAGAACUUCAGUGUACUGUGCAGCACGUAUCUGUCUCUGGCUGUCAGCGCCAUCACAGCCACGGCCGUAUCUGUGCUCUCCAGCUCUAAAGGCAAGAUCAACUUGGUGCAUAUCCAGAGCUCCAUGCUGGCUGGUGGCAUUGCUGUUGGUGCCGUCGUGACCUCAACUCCUGCUCCCUGGAUCGCCAUGACGAUUGGUUUCUGUGCUACUCUUUUGUCAACUCUGGGAUUUCGAUAUUUGAAGGACCAUAUGCUAUUUGCUUUUAAUGUCCACGAUACUGUCGGUGUCCUGAGUGUUCAUGCAGUGCCGGGAAUUCUGGGAUGGUUUGCUCAACUCGUCUUGCAACUGAUCAAUAUCAGCCACAGCACAACUGCUGUCCAGUUUGCAGUGCAUCACAUCUGUAUUUUGCUCAUCACAGUCUCUGUGAGUAUGGUGUUGGGUCUUUUCACAGGACUGCUUUUGAAAUGGAACAUCUGGAAACCUCAGCAGGACAGGAAGUGCUAUGAUGACCAGGCCUUCUGGGAGUUCCCACACCUGGUGGUGCACAAGUGAGACAAAUGUCAAAGACCCCAAAAGGAAAAACUGGAAGAACAUAAGGACUUGUGUCUGCGUUUUCUUGUUUGUGUGUGCACACUAGUUUGAAGUAAACCUGCUCAGUCGGAUGAAAAUGCAUGCAGCUAAUCUGCCGAAUCUGCAGGUAACACUGCUGAAACUGUAUGGUGAUGAAGGUCACUGUUCUUAUCACGUUAUUUUCAAAAUGCUUUAUGAUGUUACUUCAUACACUACCGUUCAAAAGUUUGGGGCCACCCAGACAAUUUUGUGUUUUCCAUGAAAAGUCACACUUUUAUUUACCACCAUAAGUUGUAAAAUGAAUAGAAAAUAUAGUCAAGACAUUUUUCUGGCCAUUUUGAGCAUUUAAUCGACCCCACAAAUGUGAUGCUCCAGAAACUCAAUCUGCUCAAAGGAAGGUCAGUUUUAUAGCUUCUCUAAAGAGCUAAACUGUUUUCAGCUGUGCUAACAUGAUUGUACAAGGGUUUUCUAAUCAUCCAUUAGCCUUCUGAGGCAAUCAGCAAACACAUUGUACCAUUAGAACACUGGAGUGAUAGUUGCUGGAAAUGGGCCUCUAUACACCUAUGGAGAUAUUGCACCAAAAACCAGACAUUUGCAGCUAGAAUAGUCACUUACCACAUUAGCAAUGUAUAGAGUGGAUUUCUGAUUAGUUUAAAGUGAUCUUCAUUGAAAAGAACAGUGCUUUUCUUUCAAAAAUAAGGACAUUUCAAAGUGACCCCAAACUUUUGAACGGUAGUGUACAGUGGUGCUUGAAAGUUUGUGAACCCUUUAGAAUUUUCUAUAUUC